CUAGCUCAGAUUACCGUUGCUAACGUAGCUUGUUUUUGAUCAACGCAUAGCUUUUGCAGACUUUCCUCUUCCGCGCGCUGCCGGUUUCUUGUCAACUGAUUGGUUCUUGUGCUGAGAGGAUCUUCUAUGUGAUUGGCUGAUGUUCGUGUCCAUCAUAAUAAACUCGGCGCCUAUUGGCUGUAAGUCUCGAAGUAAAUAACGAACGGUGAAACAGUGACGCUUUCUUCUGGUUUCUCUGCAAGUGUUUUAUUUGGCAAAAGAGCGGAGUAAUUAUGUUUUUAUUUACGAAUUGAACUCGUUGACUGAAUUGAUUUUGAAAGUACCCGUUGUAGAAUCUUAAUUUACUAUUUUAUGGACAGUUUCUGUCGUACUGUCGUACUUUGACUCCAUGGUAACUUUAUUUUGUGGACAUGCAAAGUGAGCUCGGAAGGCUAUUGUGGUCCUGUGGUCAUCUUUUCUAGUUAUCAGAUAGGUAAAUUAUGGUAAAACCUACGUUACACAGUCAGACAGCCAUGCGGGUCCAGCUUUAAUUUAUUUUUCCAGUUAGGACCAGACCCACACUGAAGCAACUUCUACUGUGCAUUAGCCUGUCUAUUAUGAAUCACCUGUGACUUUCUAAAGCUGUAAUGAAAUCCAGUGGACCUUUGUUCACAAGGCAGAAUCCCUUCCCACCAGCAUCUAGAGUGGGGAAGGCACACUACCACCCAUCCAGCAACCAAUCCUUGUCUAAAAACAAGAAAAAAACGUCUUUGAGUCCUGUACGCUCCAACCAGCGAUCCAGUCUGCAAUCACACACUCAGAGCCCAGAGAGACAAAAGCUGUUUAGACAAAGUGGCCAACAUUUUUCCGCCAGUGAUGGACAACCUGUUUUUACAGAAUCCUGGCCCUCCACUGAGUGUGGCUCUUCUCCUCCCAGCAGUACAAGCUUGUCUGACAUGGAGACACCCAAACAGUGUGUGAAAGCAGGAAGAUCUACAGUUUCCUCAGAACUAAGUGCACAGCAGGAUUCAGUGAUGGCAAAGUACAUAGAUCGCUUUCGCCAUGGUCGACCGCAGAGUCGGGAGGAACGCCAGCAGUUUCCUUCUUCCGCUGGAGAGACGCAGUUGCCAUUUUGGUGGAUGUCAUCCUCACCUCUACCACACAGUUCAACACCAAGUAAAACCACAGAUAAAAAUGCGAUCAGGCCUCAUAAGGAUGACCAUGGGUCUGGUAUUUUCAGUCCAGCUGGAAAGCAUCAACAUGACAGAUCCCUUUCUCCAUGCAGAGGAUCCCUUAGUAUUGUGUCAGACACCUCGCAGGGUGAAUUUGAUGACUCAGAGAUAUUUCACCUUCAAGAAAAGGCCAACAGACUUCUACUGAGAGGAGAAUGUAUUGAGAGUGAUGGAUCUGUCCCUGUCAGCUCCGAGGGCCUGGGAUGCUCCGACUUCUCUUCACCAGUCAGUGUAGAUGAGCCGGUGCAAAGAACUUUCAUUCCCAGUUUUAUAAAAUCCACUGCAAAGGUCAGUUCAGGCUCUCUUCAAACUGUGUCCUCCAAAAAACCCUCUGUGACUCCUUCUCUGGCUCCCCCCAAAUGCCGUGAGGAGGACAUCUUGUUCCAGUGGCGGUUAAGGAGAAAGAUUGAGCAAGCCAGGGAGUGGCCCCCGUCCCUGCAGCACCUCAGUCUGCAGGGUCCCACUUUCAGUUGGCAGGCUUCCAGCUCAAGCCAUCCUUCAGCCAGUGGACAGGCAUACAAGCAACACCAGAAUGCUCAAUUUCCUGAAUUUUCACAAAAAGCUACACAUCCGCAAAUCACUGUUCCCCAGCCAGAAACCAGAGAAGCCCCCAGGUCAUGUCCCCCAACUACAGGUCCCCCUUCCUUCCCUUCAGUCUCUCAUCCCCAGGCUAUUGCCCAUGUUCCUGCCCAUAUGCAUUUACUCUGUGAUGUCUUGCCCUGUCCCAUCCAGUCAUCUCAUGCUAGCAUGCAACAAAACAUCUUACAUAGUGCAGAUGAGUCUCAGACCAAAGUUGUCUGUCCAAAGAGCCAAGUCCACGGAAACUCAAUGAACACCUUCACCGAUGAGCCUAUUCGUGAGCAUUUGCCAUCCCCACCACCUGCUUCAUCUGAAGCUUUGGACCGAGCAGGACUUAGUCACCACAAAAGACCUGAGAGGAAAAAGAAAGAGAAAGCCCAGACAAGAGAGUCUGAGAAGAAGACGGCACCAUCCUCCAGAAUGCAGAAACAAUCAACAAGAUCUGCUGCAGACAGGGAUCAUGCUGAGGGCCCUGGCACUUCAAACAGGACUUCUUCACAUCAAAGAGUUCCCAAAAAGGUCACGCCGUGGGCCGAGCAGCAGCAGCAGGAGAGAAGCAGCAGGUUUCCUACUGAGAGCUGCUCAGCCAAUCAUGCACCACCACCUUCUCCAAUCCACAGUGCCUUAGGCCAGGUAGUUUCAGAGGUGAUGUUCCCCUCGGUGGAUUCAUCUCCAGCGCAGAGGACCCCUCACUCGUGGGUUCCCCCUUCUUCCUCUGCACCUCCACAAUCCCCACUUCCUCCAUGCAAUGCACAGAACUCUAUGGAGGUCAUUUCACAGCUGCUGCAAGAAGCUGAAGAUUCCGAUGAAAAAGAGUUUGAAGACGACCCUUUACUACAAGUCCUUCGCAAGCAGAGAAAAUGGGUUAAGGAGCAAAUCAGUGAAGUGGACUCUACAUUGAGUGAAUUCCUGGAUGAGCAACAUGUUACUUGAAAACGGACACUUUUUUUUAAAUUUUAUAAAGAAAUAAAGUUUAUUUUUUUCAUUUUUGAAGGAAUAUUUCCACAUUAAAGAGUUUGGAUGUA